UAUGAUACAAGAUCUCAUUAACUACAUAUUACUGAAAAUCACACUAAUAUCCGUUAUAAAUCAAUCUAUCCACUUAAAGUUAUGUAUCAAAUGAGAAAAGAAGACUCCAGACACUUCAAUUGUUAGGCCUUAUCAUUUUUCAAAUGAAAUUUAACAAAUCUUGACACUGCUAUUAAGCAUUUUUAUUUCUUUGGCUCAUUAGCCAUAUGAAUUUGGCCGUUGUGUCAAGAUUUAAAACCAAGGUGAAUUUUGAGUAGAUGACUGCUAACAUUUGGUUUCUUUCUCCGUGAUAGAGUGGACGUGCUGGAAGAAAGUGAAGCCCAUCUUCAAAAGUGCUUAGUCAUUGUAAGUUACAAAAUAGGCAUGCUCUACCAUUUCUAGGAGUUGGGUUCCUGCCAAAUCUGUCACUCUCAUUAUGAAGGUUAUGGACACUGAGUCUUUGAAGAAAACAGAUUUUUGAAAAUAUCGGUUAUUCCAGUGCCGUCAAGGCACGGCUUUCUUAAUAAUGCGAGCACAGGCCAGGCAUCGUGAAGGCCCCCUCUCCUCAUCAAAAAUAGAACUUCACAGUCAGAAAUCAUGUAAGCUAUCCUAAUUCUUUUUUCAGGCAGGUGUCGUUGGUGCUGCACAGGACACACGAUAGCUCUUGGCUCUCGAUACACAUGGCUAGACAUAACGCACAACCAAAUUUUACCUAUUAUUCGACAACCUGCAUGAAUAAAACAUUAUGAAGUGUUUAUAUAUAAAGAAAAAUAUCUGCCUCAAUUGUAAGCAUAUGGAAAUGGAUUGCUCUCAUCUGCUUGUAUCUAUGGAUGUAGGAACUAUUUUCAGUUCGACAAAUGUCGUAAAGCUCUCGUAAGUGCGCUCGCAAAUGCAGUCGCAUCGUAGCACGUAGAACCUGCUGCUUUAAAUGCUAUCAUUUCAAAGACAUUUCAGAAUUUCAUAACGAACUCUAUGGUGUGCACAUACCGUGAGCUGUUAUUGCAGUGAAAACAGAAACGAGCCUAGAUAUUUUCUUGGAAGGAAAGAAACCACGAUGAUGCUGAGCACUGUCGUUGGCAUUUUCAUGGCCGUCGUGACGAUGUUUGCAAUCAUUGCUAACUCGCUGGUUUUCAUCGUCGUGUGCUGGAAUCUAUCCAUUAAAAAACCACUCAAUAUAUUUCUUUUUAACUUGGCAUUAGCAGACAUUGGAGUUGCUUGUACAUGUAUACCGUAUGCUGUUGGACAAAUUGCAUUUAAAAACCAGGGGCUUACUCCAACAUUCUGCACAGUGAAUUCGUUAGUGACAACCCUUUUUGUUGGCUCAUCUGCUUUGAUAAUCGCUGUAUUCCAUUUCUAUCAAUACCUGAUGGUGUCUGGGCCAUUAGACAGCAACGUCUCGUCUCUUCAUAGCUGCGUUUCCUUAAUCCUUGCAUGGAUGGUAGCAAUUUCACUUGCUAUCGGACCUCUAUUCGGAUGGGGCAAGUAUGAGUUUUCAUCCACGAUUUUCGGUUGUGCUUUCCCGCAAACCAUCGGAACUGUGGAAAGACUUGUUUACAAUGGGACAUUGAUGACAGUUCUAUACGCUCUGCCGUUUCUGUGGAUGGGGUUCUGUUGCAUAGCAAUCAGCAUUCAUAUCAGAGACCCUGAAGUUCGCGCAGCAAAAGAACACGUUUUAGCUAGUGACAUUGUUGGGCAUAAAUCUUUAGAGGCUGGAAAAUCAAGCGGCAGGUCUGCGAUAAUUUUGGCAUUUGGGGCAUUUGUCGUUUUCCGUGCGCCAUUUUUCAUCUCAAUAUUACUUAAUACGUUCAAUCUUGUCGGACAAACGUGGCUUACGAUGGCCGACCAAAUCGCUUUUUGGGCAGUGUAUUUUCACGCAGCUUCGGACCCAUUUCUGUACGCAUUGCAACAUGGUGAAUACACAAAUACUCUUGGAGUGAUAAAAAGGACGACGAAAGAAAGAUUUCUGGAUUGCUGUUGUUGCUGUACUGGGAAUGUCGAGGACGGAGAAAAGCCAGGUCCAUCGAAGCCACCUUUGGAUCGUAUUGAAGAGGAGUGAUACUUCAAUUCGGAGAGGACUGUAAUAGCUGCAAAUACGACAAACAUUACUUUUUUCCUACCUUAACAGCAACAGACGUCAAUAAAAAUUUUGAGUUCAUUUCAAAGAAUACCUUUCAACAAACUCUUUAACGGAAAGAUUCAUAGGUAUUCAAGAAAACUUCUGUGGCUACUUGUGGUUAUCUUCUACAAAAUCAUUCUUCUGUUUGUGUUCAAACAUGAGUUGCUCAUCUUUUGCAACAAAGGCCCUGCCUCUACCAUUACGUGGAUUUUGACAAUUUUGUACUUUUUUUAAGUUGAUAAGAAAUGCCAGGAAAA